AUGUUACUUUGUCGAGUAUUGAGCCGUCCUAGAUUACCACUUGUUCAUCUUCAUCGAUCCUUAUCUGUCAGAUCUUUUAUUCAACCACGUCGUUUAAUUAAAUUUGCCGUCGGUACAACACUUCUUACCGGUACUGGUUUUAUUUCCUAUACAAUCUAUGAAUCUGGUCCAGAAAUAGAAAAGAUUCGUCGAACAAGUUAUUUUUGGUCUCGUAUGAUACCAGUCUAUCUUCAUUAUCGUUAUCAACAACUUUAUUUUAAAUUAUUUCCCGCAAAAUCUCCUGAAGAAGAAGAUGAAAUUUGGAAUAAAUUACAUAAUAAAUAUUGUGAUUAUGUAUUAAAUGUUAUUCUUCAUCAACGUGGUGUUUAUAUUAAAUUAGGACAAAUAGCUUCAACUCGUCCUGAUAUCAUACCUAAACCUUAUUUAAAAAAAUUUGCUCAAUUACAAGAUGGUGUACCUGCUCAACCCGGUGAAUAUGCUAGAGAAAUGAUUGAACAAGCAUUCAAUAAACCAUUAGAAGAAAUUUUCUCGGAAUUUAAUCCAAAAGCUGUAGGUGCUGCAACUAUUGGACAAGCACAUGAAGCUCGUUUAAAAGGAUCCAAUAAAGCAGUUAUUAUUAAAAUACAAUAUCCAGAAGUACAACGAUUAUUUGGAUUAGAUUUUUCGACUUUAAAAAAAUUUGUUCGAUUAGCACAACCUGAACAUGCACCAUUGUUUGAUGAAUUUGAAAAAGCAUUUCAAAUUGAAUUCGAUUUUAGAAGAGAAGCAAGAGCAUUAGAUAUUAUUGGUCGUAAUAUAAUGCCACGUUUUCCUAAUAUUAUUAUUCCUCGACCUACACCCGGUAUGGCAACAGAAUUUGUUAUAGUUAUGGAAAAAUUAGAUGGAACGAAAUUAAUUGAUGCACUAAAAAUUGAACAAGCAAGAAUGGCAGCUGAACAAGGAAAAACUCUAGAAGAAUUUGAACAAGAAAUGAUGGCAAAAUAUCUAUCCGGUGAACUUCAUCGUGAAGCAAAAAAACGAUAUACACCAUCCGCUUUUAUUGUGAAUAUGUAUGCAUCGUUAAUACGUACAGUGAAUCGUUUAAAAAAUGUAUAUAUUUAUAUAUAUAAUCAUUCUAUUGUACCAUUGUUAAAACGUUUCCCAUUAGAAUAUAACGAAGAACGUGUUUUUAUAAAUCCACAUGAAAUUAUUGAUUUACUUAACGAAGUUCAUGCACAAGAAAUAUUACUUGAUGGAAUAUUUAAUGCUGAUCCACAUCCGGGAAAUAUUUUUCUAUUAAAAAAUGGAAAAAUUGGUUUAAUUGAUUUUGGUCAAGUACAAGAACUUUCGUUAUCUCAUCGUCUUAAAUUAGCUAAAUUAAUUGUUUUACUAGCAGAGGGAACAAAAGAAGAAAUUGUUCAACAGUACAUUUCUAUGGGUGUAGUUACACGUCAUAUGAAUCCAUAUGUUAUAGAAAAAUUAGCUCGUCUUGGAUUUGAUCGUGAUGAUCCUGAAACAUGUGAAGGUAAAAAUGCACAGUUAUUCUUUGAAGAACUAUCAAGAAAAGAUGAAGUUAUAAAAGUACCCGAAGGUUAUUUAAUGGCAGCAAGAGUUGGAAUAUUGUUACGAGGUUUAGGUACUUGGUUACAAUUACCACAUUCUACAGCACAAAAAUGGGCGCCAAUUGCAAAACAAUUAUUAAAUACAUACAAAGAUACCAACGAACAGUUAUUAACUAGUCCUGCAUAA